AUGGCUGAGUCCCCCACACCUGAGCAGCUGGAAUCUGUUCUUGACACCAGAGUGGAGGAGGGUACAAAUUGGAGCUUAGAUCCUUGGGCUGAGGCAGCUGGAGAAUUUGUCUUUCUCCACUGGAUGGAGAUCCUCACUCUGGUCAUUGCCCUGGUUGGGCUGGUGGGGAACAGCAUCAUCCUGUGGCUGCUGGGCUUCUGCACCCAGAGGAGCCCCUUCUCUGCCUACAUCCUCAUCCUGGCCACCUCUGACACCCUUUUCCUUGGCAGCUGCUUUGGGUUGGGGCGCUGCCUCCUAGGCCUGCCCUACUGUGUGGGUCUGAGCCUGCUGGCAGCGAUCAGCACCGAGCGCUGUCUCUCUGUGCUCUUCCCCCUCUGGAUGGUUCUUCUCACCCCUGUGCUCUGCGUGUCCAGCCUGACGCUUGUGCUGAGGGUUCAGUGCAGCUCCCAGCGCAGGCGCCCACCCAGGCUCUACCUCCUGGUGCUGCUCACAGUCCUCAUGUUCCUGCUCUGCGGCCUGCCCUUGGGGGUUAUUAAUUCAGUUUGGUUUUUUAGCGGCUCCUCUUUAAUGCCUUAUUGGCUCUUCAGGCUCCUGGCCUGUGUGAGCAGCAGCGCAAACCCUUUCAUUUACUUCUUCCUGGGCAACCAAUGGCGGAGAAGAGGGAGGGAGCCGCUCAGCGUGGUCCUGCAGAGGGCUCUGGGGGAGGAGCAGGUGGCAGGGUAUGAGGGGAGGGACACUUCCCACCCCAACAGUGUGGAUAAAAACAAGAUACUCAUACAAGGGAAUCCAUGA